AUGGAAACUGGUCGUAAGCGUGCUUCUUUGGCAUGCAACUAUUGUCGCAGGCGGAAACGCCGCUGCAAUGGUGCGGUACCCUCUUGCAGCCUCUGUGAGGAUUCAGGUAUUGAUUGUGUUUAUAAUGAAGCUGAUACUGCGAGGCCUCGAGGGGAAACUUCCUCCUUGGAGUUCUUUCGCCGUCUUGAUGCAAUUGAGAACUUCUUAUGGAGUAAUCCGAGACUCCCCCAAACACCCCAGACUGGUGAAACAAGAAGUGGUGAUUUCACACUCCCGUCGUCAUCUGAGCAUGAAAGAGCGGACUUUUCUCAUCCCUCUACCAUGUUGAUUUCGUCCCCGGCAAGACCAAACCCGGCGGAUAUCUCCCAGCUUAUCAGUACGAAUUCGUCUACUUUCAUACCACCUGAACAUGAUAUACCACCCAUGAGUAUUCCCAUCGGUCACACAACAACAACCGAAUAUAUGCUGCAUAUGACUAGAGUAAAGGCGCUCUUCGGAGAGUUUCCCCCAGACUUGUUUAUACGCGCAGAAUCAAAAAGGCAUAUGCCACACCAGCUAUCUUUUGUUCCAGGUACAAUUACAGCGAGUCAGUUGCCAAUCCUCGAUGAAGCGAGCACCUAUCCACUGGUGGAGGCGUAUUUCAAACACGUCCACGUUGAGAUGCCAAUCCUUGACAAAGACCAAUUUUUGGGGCUUUACGAUCACCAUAUUAGGGCCGGUCUGAGUGUUGACUGUGACUCUGCACUAUGCCUUGCAGUUCUUGCAUUAGGCUCUGCAGCUCUCGAGCAGGUUGACCCGAUAAAGUCCAAGUCUCCAUACUGGGUGCCCGGGGCAGAUUUCAUCUCACCUGCGUUGCAGAUAUUGAUGAACGAAUAUUUACUGUCAUUUUGUCCCACGAUCACUCUUCCCCAGAGUUUGAUACUCAUUUCGAAAUAUUUUGGGUUUCUUUUACGCCCUCUGCAAUCAUGGAAACUGGUCCACAUGGCUUCCACCAGUAUCCAGUAUUUAAAUAGCCGGUUCGUUAAUGCUCUUUGUCCUUCCCUAUUGAUCAAGCAUCUGUUUGGGAUAGAAGCCAAGCUUCGGCAGAUAAUCAUGACCUCAAAUCCAGCAUUAUUCUGCUAUCAUGGGCAGCGUUCGACACCGAGUGGUUGGUUUCUUGGUCCCAUCUGGGUAAAUCACGUUGAUGCUGAUAUUGAUAACAGUGAUCUGAUAGCUGAACACCAUUUACCACGAAGUGGUAUCGAACAUGUAAUUGAUCUGACACCUUUCCCAACCUUUGCAAAUAACGACGCCAAAGAAACACACGUCUUCCUCGCCGAACUAUCCAUCCGUCGCCUACUAAAUAGAGUACACCACACUAUGUACGGAAGUGACUGGACAAGGCGCAGCCUCGGUCUACAGCCAGUCUCAAGCGACAGUCCCUCGUAUGACUUCCAAUCGCUCUCUGCGAUCCUGAAUGUCUCCCAAGAGCUUGCCCGACAGCUCGACAAUUGGUUUGACUUAUUACCGCGGACAAUUAAACCAGAUAUGAACGAUCCGUCUCGAUGUACUGGCCUUCAACUCAAUAUGCUCCAUCGCUUUCACUCCGCCAAGGAUAUCAUAACUAGACCAUUUCUUCUUUGUGCAAUUGACUCCUCGCCUGAGAAUGAUGUUCCACCUAUGGUACUCAAACAGUGCGAGUCUAGCAUAGCCAAUUGUCGAACGUAUCUGGAUGCCUCAACGCGGAGACUGAUGGGCCCGUCAUUUUGCGCGGAGAUCAUUAUUCAUACGAUGUUCUCUUCUAUUCUUCUCCUGACCCUAGGCUCUGUUUGUCCAGCUUUGGCCCACUUGGUACCGGAUAUUGAUACUUUGCAGAAGAACACGAUAGAGACCAUCGAGCGAUUUGCCGUGGACGGUUCUUUGAUGCAGGAGAUUCAUGGGAUCAUUGUGUUAUUACACAGUAAAACACGAGUUCUCAGGCGGGCUAUGCAGCCGCUUUAA